UCUACACUUUUUGUCGCAUUCAAUAUUUUAGAGGGCGGUUAAACCCUAACGGAAAAACCACACCGGCAAACAUCACGAAACUAACAAAAUGAUGAUCAAUCGGUACCGGAACCGGAUACCCUUUAUCAACACGUCGACAUUUCUAAGGAACUUUUCUACAGCCGUUGAAGAGUCAAACAUUCCGGCUGAGGCCGUACCACCCCCGCCGCCACCGCCUAAAGAAUCAGCAAACGAAAAACGGCUAUACAGACGGUUAUCAGCGAUAGGCGCCACUGGGGGCACAGUAACACAAACAUUAAAUGAGUAUACAAGAGAAGGCCAUUUUGUCAAGAAAGUUGAGUUAGAGAGAUGUGUUAGGGAGCUUCGUCGGUACGGAAAGUAUGAUCACGCGCUCGAGGUAAUGGAAUGGAUGGAUAAAAGGGACAUCAACUUUUCAAACACAGAUCUUGCGGUGCGUUUGGAUCUAAUAUCGAAAGUCCAUGGGGUGGCUGCAGCCGAAGGUUACUUCAAUGACCUAUCUCCAGUCAUGCAGAACAGAAAUACUUAUGGUUCUCUUUUGAAUAGUUACUGUAAGUUGAAAUUGGUAGAUAAAGCAUUGGCUCUUUUCAAAGAAAUCGAAGCGAAAAAGUUCACAACCUCUUUGUCUUUCAAUAAUAUGAUGACCCUAUACAUAGGAUUAGAACAGCCCGAGAAGGUUCCUCCAUUGGUGGAAGAAAUGAAGGCACGAAAAAUUCCGUUGAGCACAUUUACUUAUAAUAUAUGGAUGCAAAGCUUUUCACUUCUAGGAGAUAUAGAGGGCGUAGAACGGGUUUAUGAAGAAAUAACGAGAGACCACAAAGAAACUUGUAACUGGACUACUUACUGUAACCUUGCCGGAGCUUAUGUCAAGGCGGGUCUUAGUGAAAAAGCCGACUCUGCAUUAAAAAUGGUUGAACACGAGAUGGGGCAGGGGCGCCCUUCCCGGGAGGCUUACCAUUUCCUUAUUACUUUUUAUUCUACACUGAAUAAUAAAGAGGAAAUUCAUCGUCUAUGCAAUGUAUUAAAAUCAUCUUUCGAGAUAACUAGUAAUGUAAGUUAUCGAAUCAUGCUUCAAGCUCUUUCUAAGGUGAAAGAUCUCGAAGGUAUGAAAAAGUGUUUUGAAGAAUGGGAAUCCAACUGUACCUAUUAUGAUACACGAGUGGCUAAUGUUGUUGUAAGUGGUUAUUUAAGACAUGGCAUGGUUGCAGAAGCUGAAGUAAUCUUUCAUGGAGCUGUCAAGAAAUCAAAAGGACCUUUCGUUCAAACUCUGGCUUUAUUCAUGAAACAUUAUCUUGCGACUCAGCAAAUGGAUCUUGCUUUUAAAUGUCUGGAGACUGCCGCUACACGAGAGGAGAGUAACUGGUAUCCUCACAUCGACAAUAUUGAAGAGUUUAUGAAGUAUUAUGAGCAAGAAAAAGAUGUGGAGAGUGCUGAGAAGCUAUACAACUGUUUAAAAAGUCUAAAAUGUGUCGAUGAUAAGGUGUAUACUCUCUUGUUGCAGAUUUAUAUUGCUGCUGGUGUAACAAACCCUGAUAUUCGCUAGAGGAUAGAAAGAGAUCGCAUUGUGGUAAACCCCGAGCUUGAAGACAUGAUUGAAAAAGUUUGCUCUGAGUAGGUAUUAUGUAUUAAGUUCCAAGUUUACUUUAAUUUGAUGGCAAUAAGAUUGAAGAGCAAGUAAAUUCUUUUAUUUUUGGGCAAGAAUCCAACUUUUCUAGAAAUUCUUCUAUUUUUUUUUUCCCGCUAAUUAGAUCAAUCAUGUGAACUAGUACUUCCAGAUUGUUAGAUAUAUAGCAUUGAUUUUAGAAUCA